AUGAUUGCGCUGAGAAACAUCUAUGUUCUUUUGAGCUUGCUUCUUGUGUCUUUUUCUGAAGCCCAAACGGUUCAGGAUUUGUGGAUCUCUCCAGCCUCACCUGAAUUUUCGACAAAUCUUACGGUCGGAGAGACCUAUGAGCUCAAAUGGGAUUCCAGUUUGGCAGAUCAAUUCGCGACCUUUGCACAGACUGUCGACCCGUCCAAUACAGACUUGUGGAUUACAGACUACAAUUUACAUGUUUAUUCAAAACGCAUUGCUGCACGACAGAACCUGAAUUCAAUUACCACGCUCUCCUGGAAAGUUGACAUUGCAGCAGACGACAUCGCAGCUACAAACCAGUGGGUGUUCAGAUGGCUGGAACAGGGCGUGGACUAUGCAGAUACGACCGACCAAAUAUCAAGUCCCGGAUUCUACGUCCAAGAAGACAUAACAGCCGCGGUAACGAGGUCUAGCACUAUAAUAGGAGCCACCUAUACCUCGGAGACUCCAGUGACAUCCUCAGCAAUCUCAGCUGCCUCCAACGCUUCAGCCAGUGAAGCUUCAGCAGGAUCCGUUGCAUCGUCGAACAUUGGCAAUGGCCUAUCUACGGGAGCAAAGGCCGAUAUUGGUAUUGGUGCGGUCCUAGGAGCUGCACUCCUUCUUGGUCUAGGCUGGUUCCUGGCCAGAAAGGCCGGGAAAUUCAAGACUGGCGUUACUGACACUCCAAAUCGAACCGAACUGCCAGUCAGUCAUUCAUCAGCCCCCCCUGAGGCCAAGUUUCAGCCGUACAGUGAUCUACCAUCUCAAUCCCAGCUCGUACCACAAUAUCAGCAGGCCAAUUUUGCUGAGCUGGAAAAUACUGACAGCCGCUCUGGUCCACAUGAGCUUUCUGGGCAAGAUGGUUAUCGACAAAUGUGA